CACAACGAUCAAACAACAUGUUCAUAGAAUUAAUCUUGGGAGUAAUAGGCUUUCUACUAGUCUGGGAUUAUUUGAGUAAAAAACAUCGUAAUGAUGUUUUUGCCAAAGCGAAAAUACAAGGACCAAAGACAUUGCCUAUAUUGGGUAAUUCCUUGGACAUAAAACAUGUUAAUACAGAAAAUAUGAUUGAUUUUGUGCAACAGUGUAAAGAGAAAUAUGGCAAAAUCUAUCGGAUUUGGGUGCUGCAUCAAGUGAGUGUUUUUGUUUUGGAUGUGAAAUAUUUGGAAGUGAUUUUGGGCAGCCAACAAAUGAUUAAGAAGAGUCGUUUAUAUGAUUUUAUUGUGGGCUGGUUGGGGCGUGGCUUACUUAUGAGUUGGGGCAAGAAAUGGCAUUCCAGGCGUAAGAUUAUUACACCCACCUUUCAUUUCAAAAUCCUGGAGCAGUUUGUGGAGAUUUUCGAUCAGCAGAGCAGUGUUAUGGUGAAUAAAUUAUAUGAGAAGGCUGAUGGCAAGACAGAGAUCGAUAUAUUUCCGGUGGUGUGCUUGUGUGCCCUGGAUAUUAUAACGGAAACUGCCAUGGGCGUAAAAGUUAAUGCCCAAGAGAAGUCAGGUCUGGAAUAUGUGCAGGCCAUAGCCAAUAUGUCCAGAAUUUCGGCCAAUCGUGUGUUUAGUCCUCUACAAAGAACUGAUUUUCUGUUUCGUUUAACCGCUCCCAAAUUGUUUAAAGAAACUCAACGCUGUAUUUCCAAACUGCAUAAAUUCACCAUAGAUGUUAUAGAACAGCGGCGCUCGGCACUGGAACAAUCCAUUAAAAAUGGCAGUCUUAAAAAAGAAACUGAAGAUUCUGAUUUAAAUACCAAAAAACGCAUGGCCUUAUUAGAUGUUUUAUUGCAGUCCACGAUUAAUGGCACCGCUUUGACCAAUGAGGACAUACGCGAAGAAGUUGAUACCUUUAUGUUUGAGGGUCAUGAUACCACUACUAGCGGCAUAGCAUUUGCUCUUUAUUUGAUUGCCCGUCAUCCCGAGGUGCAAGAGAAAUUGUUGGAGGAAAUCAAACAUGUUUUGGGCACCGACAAGUACAAACCAGUGGCUUUUAGGGACUUGCAAGAUUUGAAAUAUAUGGAAUUGGUGAUCAAAGAAACCUUAAGAUUAUAUCCCUCGGUACCGGUUAUAGGCAGAGAAAUAACCGAGGAUACAGUAGUGGGUGAUGUCGUCAUACCCGCCAAUACCAGUGUUAACAUCAAUCUUUUCGCUGUUAUGCGCGAUUCGGAUUAUUUUGAUGAACCCAAUGCCUUUAAACCCGAACGUUUCUCUGAUGAUUGCAACCAGAAAGUCAAUCCUUUUGCCUACACCCCCUUUUCGGCUGGGCCACGCAAUUGUAUUGGCCAAAAGUUUGCCACCAUGGAAAUGAAGAGUACCAUAUCGAAAAUGUUGCGCCAUUUUGAAUUGUUACCCUUGGGUCCCGAUGCUAAGCCUAUAAUUAAUCUUAUUUUACGUUCAUCGACCGGUGUUCAUAUUGGUCUUAGACCAAGAGUUUUAUAGAUGAUAUUUUUUUUUAGAGAUUUAUGGACUUAAAUCUAGUGAUUUUUUUUAUUAGUUUGUAUUUGUAAAUAAAUUAUAUAGUUUUUAGUUUAAAGAAAA